UUUGCCAAGCGGGGAGCCUUACUUUGUCCCAACUGGCGCUCCGUACCGUGGGAGGCGUUGACAGGAGGACUGUUGUGGCAGAAAUUAGCCUUUUACUCGCGACAGCAGCCUGAACAUCACGUCUCUUUGUAAUAACUCUGAAUAAUACCACACAGGAGCGGACUGCAGCUGGAGGAGAGGCUCGUUCAAGCAGAAGCAAGCGCAGCGUAUGGGCCAGGUGACUCCAGACAGACAGUAUGAGCUCUAAAGGAGGCGGCACCGCUCUGACCCGCCGCAACUACAGACUGGCUUCAGACACAGACAAACCCAAAGCCACAGGUAUAGUGAAUGAGAAGUUGCUGAGUGACUACCUGCACCAUGUGUUUCCUUCCACCAAACAGGGACCUGCACUGGCCUCCCUCAGGAAGCCUCUUGGGUUCCAGGAUCUUGGUGCUCACCUGGAGAGCUUGUUGUCUGAAGGAGAACCCGCUGAGGACAGCAGAGAUCAGCCCGUCGAAGGCCGUCUGGGUCCUCAGCCGGUCGUCCUGGAUCACACCAGCGGCUUCGAAGGACUUCUGUUUGUAGACGAUGACCUGCUGGGGGUCAUCGGCCACAGCAACUUCAGCUCCAUCAGAGCCACCACCUGCGUUUAUAAAGGGAAAUGGGCUUACGAGGUGCUGAUCUCCUCCCAGGGUCUGAUGCAGAUCGGGUGGUGCACUCUCAACUGUCGCUUCAACCAGGAGGAGGGUGUGGGCGACACGCCGGACUCGUACGCUUACGAUGGAAACAGAGUGCGAAAGUGGAACGUGACGACCACUAACUACGGAAAGUCGUGGGCAGCUGGAGACAUCGUCAGCUGUCUGAUAGACCUCGACGAGGGAACCAUCACGUUCUGCUUGAACGGCCAGUCUCUGGGCACAGCGUUCACCGACAUCAAGAUGGGGCCGGGCGUCGCUUACUUUCCCGCCAUCAGCCUCUCCUUCAAAGAGUCGGUGGCCUUCAACUUUGGCAGCCGGCCUCUCCGGUACCCUGCGGACGGCUACCUGCCCCUCCAGAACCCCCCAACGACAGACUUACUGAAAGCCCACAAACUGCUGGGCUACAUCAAGAACGUCCUCUCCACUGCCAUCGAUGCGCAGGAGGACAGGCUGGUGGAGAAAGACUGUGCAGUCUGGGGGCUUCAUGGAGAACCCACAGUCCUCAUCACUCUGGCUCACAUCUUCAACCACUUCGCUCCAUUAAUGUGUAAAGUUUACCUGGUGGAGGACGUGCUGAUGAACUUCCUGUUGGGGAUUCUGGAGGGAGGAGGUUCAGUGGGUGAACACCCGCUCAUACAGCAGCUUCUGGAUCUGUUCUGGCUGCUGAUGGAGGACUAUGAAGUGAACGAGUGUCUGAAGCAGCUGAUGAUGUCCCUGCUGCGGGCCUACCGCUUCUCCCCCAUCAUCCCCGACCUGGGCUUCCAGAUCCACUACCUGCGUCUGACCACGGCCAUCCUGCAUCACGAGAAGUCCCGGAAAUACCUGCUCAGCAACGUCUUGUUUGAUGUUCUGCGUUCAGUCGUGUUUUUUUACAUCAAGACUCCUCUGAGAGUGAAGGAGGCGGGGCUAGAGGAGCUCAUCCCGACCACCUGGUGGCCCACGCACUUUGACAAGGAGGGGAAAGACGAGCGGGAGCCCAAAGACGAAAGUGCGGAUGAGCGGCUGAGGCGGCGAGCGUACGAGAGAGGCUGCCAGAGGCUGAAAAAGAGGAUUGAAGUGGUGGAAGAGCUGCAGGUGCAGAUCCUGAAGCUGCUGCUCAACAACAAAGACAAAACUACGGGGGAAGCCUCUCGCUAUAUUUUCCUGAAUAAGUUCAGGAAGUUUCUCCAAGAAAAUGCCAGCAACAGAGGGCACCCGACGGCGCUGUGCCCUCCGGAGUACAUGGUGUGUUUCCUCCACCGCCUCGUAACGGCGGUGAGGGCCAGCUGGGACGACGGCAGCAGGCAGAGUCCAGGCAGCGUCAGCAGCGAAGAGGCCUACGUCCCUCCCCAGCUCUUCUAUAACGGGAAGGUGGACUACUUUGACCUGCAGAGACUCGGGGGGCUCCUUUCCCACUUGAAGAAAACUCUCAAAGAUGACUUGGCCAGCAAAGCCAACAUUAUCAUCGACCCUGCAGAGAUCCAGGCCGCAUCUAUGGAUGACCUGGACGAGGAUGAGGAGAGCGGAGCGGCCCAGAGACCGUUUGGUGCAGCAGCGAUGGGUGGAGCUCUGGCGAGGCCCAGCUGGUUGAGUUCUCCCACUCUGGGUCGAGCCAAUCGUUUUCUGAGCACGGCCGCCGUCAGUCUCAUGACUCCCAGACGACCGCUCACACAGCCGGAGAAAGUGAAAGUUCGUACCCUCGCUGUGGAGCAGAGGACUGAGGAGGACAUCGAGGGAAGCCACGGCAACGACGGCCUGUUGCUGGGGCGACCGGUGGAGGAGCCCGAUCAGCCAAUCGCAGAUAAGUCCCUGCUGGAGAUUGUUGACGGGAUCGUGAUGAUGUACAACCUGAGUGUUCAUCAGCAACUGGGAAAGAUGGUGGUGGUUUCAGAUGAUGUGCACGAAUACGCCGUCGCACUGAAGGACACCGAGGAGAAGAUCGCACGAUGCCCCGCACGAAGACCAGACAUCCUGGAGGAGCUCCAGAAAAGCCAGAAGGUUUUUGCAGAGAAGCUGAACCACCUCAGCCGGAGACUGGCCUGGAUCAACGCCACCAUCUACUCCAAGGACAAGAUGUUGGAUGUGUACUGGCUGCUGUGCGUUUGUAUUCGGACCAUCGAACACGCCGACAACACUGGGUCUUUGUUCGCCUUUGCUCCAGAGUUCUACCUCAAUGUGGCCAUGAAUGCAUACAGCGCUCUCAAGAACUACUUCAGCCCCGCGAACAGCAUGGAGGAGCUGCCAGGCUACGAAGAAACCUUGACUCAACUGGCUGCUAUCCUUUCCAAGCACUUUGCUGAUCCACGUAUUGUAGGAACAGAUAUCAAGGACUCUCUGAUGCAGGCCCUGGCCAGCUAUGUCUGUUACCCACAAUCCCUCAGGGCAGUGGAGAGGAUUCCAGAGGAACAACGUGUUGCCAUGAUGAGGAAUCUGCUGGCUCCGUAUGAACAGAGACCCUGGGCUCAGACCAACUGGAUACUGGUCAGACUGUGGAGGGGUUGUGGUUUUGGCUACAGAUACACUCGCCUUCCUCACCUCCUGAAAACCAAACCUGAGGAUGCCAACCUGCCCAGUCUGCAGAGGGAUCUGUCCAUUGCUAGUUUCCAAAAGCCGUGUCCGUCGUUGCUGCUGCAGAGACACAUGGCGGAGCUGCUGAGUAUGGACAAAGACAUGGCCGCCUCGUUCCUCAACAGCGUCCUGAACCAGCUCAACUGGGCGUUCUCCGAGUUCAUCGGCAUGAUCCAGGAGAUCCAGCAGGCGGCAGAGCGUCCAGAGAGAAACUUUGUGGACACUCGUCAGCUGAAGGUGUGCGCCACCUGCUUCGACCUGUCGGUCAGCCUGCUGCGAGUGCUGGAGAUGACGGUCACCCUGGUACCCGAGAUCUUCCUGGACUGGUCCCGGCCCUCCGCGGAGCUGCUGCUCAGACGACUCGCUCAGCUGCUGAACCAGGUGUUGAACAGAGUGACGGCGGAGAAGAACCUGUUUGAUCGUGUCGUCAACUUGAGACUGCCAGGUCUGGAGAGUGUGGACCACUACCCCAUCCUGGUGGCAGUUACAGGGAUCCUGGUUCGAAUCCUGGUGGAUGGAGACAGGCAGGGGAUAUCUCGGGCGGCCUCCGUCCUGCUCUCUGACCCCUGCUUCCAGCUCCACUCCAUCCAGCACCUGUUGGGCGAGGGAGGAGAGUCCUCCAGCUCCUCGGCAGCCGUCACCUCCACCGCCCGUCCCGUAAUCGGGCCCUUGGGGUCGACUGUGGCCCCUCCGAUCCCUUCGGCAGCUGGAAACACAGGCUCUUCAGAACGCAAGCACUUCUCCCUGCACGCAUACACAGACUACAUCAGCGAGGAGGAAAAACAGAAGGUGGAGCUGAUGUUGGCGUUUCUCACAGAGGAAUCCAAACAGGCUGCAGCCAGCACAGCUCCGACCUGCGAAGAAGACCUCUGCCCCAUCUGCUACGCUCACCCCAUCUCUGCCAUCUUCAAGCCCUGCUCCCACAAGUCCUGCAAAGCCUGUAUCAACCAGCAUCUGAUGAACAACAAGGACUGUUUCUUCUGCAAAGCCACCAUCACCGGGGUCGAAGACUACAGCAAGCCUGCCACCUCCUAACACACACACACAGCCUCGUACUUCUGUCUUUGUGAGGACCGUCAUCGACAUAACGCUCUCCCUAACCCAAUUCUAGCUGUGAGGACCGGCCAAAAUGUCCUCACUCUGUAGGUAAAAAAAACGUGUUUCAGUCCUCACUAUGUAGCAAGUACACACACACACACACACACACACACGCACACGUUAGCUGUAAAGAUCAUAAAAGAAAAAGUGUAAAAGACUGAUGUAUCAAACGCUCAGCCAUCUCAACCCGUCGAACAUCAGACCACAUAUCAGUGAACCCAAAGAUUUCUCAGAGCUCUGCUCUGCGUGCACGCUGAUUCUCCUCGGAACUGUAACGUGACCUGGACGAGAUGACCUGGACGAGAUGACCUGGACGGAGCCGCGCCACAAAUGUGUGUCAUGUUAUUAUCUUCAUUUCUGGUUUGAAACGGGGAGUGUGACCGUACGACGGCCGAGUUAACCGGUGCCAGUCGUGUGUGAGAUUCUCAGGAGCUGAAACAUAAAAAGAUGCAGUUAGAAGUGAAGAAACCAACAACUUCGCACUGGAAGCAUUUUCCCGUUGUGCUUUUUAUUAAUACACACAGUAUAUUAAUUAGUCUGUCAUGCUGACAUGUUGGUCACAUAUUUACAUAUCUGGUAAAUGUAAAGUCAUCUGACAGCAGUGGUUCCCAACCUGUGGGCCAGGACCCCGCAGUGGGUCACAAGAUCAUCAAAAGGUGCAAAUAUUUUUUGCUUUUUUUUUUUUUUUUUUAAGUGAAACGAGGAAAAAUCCGUUUCAGCUUGAAGUGCUCACACUUCGUGCUUCAUCUUAAGGUUGGAAAACACUUGCAGAUGUUUCAGGUUUCGGUUUGUACAGAUUUAUACGACUGAAUCUCUCAACAUAUCGGUAAGGUUUAACUCUGCAGCCGAAGCUACACACUUACAGAUAUUUUCCUGUCUGUAUUCAGUCCGUCGGCUUUCUACACGUGAAAACAGUUCGGCAGGCGAUCGCGUGUCUGCAGCCGGGCAGACGCUGUGCGGACGAGUCCCGACUUUAACUCCGAACUUCUGCUGGAUUCUUUGUUGUUUGACGUUUAGUUUGACGUCACGACGUCUGAUUAAUCUGAUCGAUCCACGAUCGCUGUUCAGCGGUCUGAUUUCCAACAUGGCUGCUGUCAAAAGAUCCGUUAUUCCUGUAGUCGGCUUGCUUUAAUAUUACUGCGGGAGUAUUUUACAACCUGAUAUCAAACCGUCUGAUUUUACUUUGACUUCAUAGUAGAGUUCGUAACGCUGCUUUUCGAGGACGCGGCCGUCCAGUUUGGAUAAACUUUUUCGGGGGUUCGUUCAGUGUUUGUUCAGUGUGAGCUCCACGUCUGAGCGGUCGAAGCAGAAAGAUUAAAACAGGCAGUGUGAGAUUAAUAAACACGUACAGCGUCUGUCCAGCUGAACUCAGUUAACAGGCAAACGCAUUCACAGCUGCAGGUCAUUAGAGUCUGAUUCCCCGAACCUGCAAGACUUUGCUGUGGGAGGAAAACCCACCAAUACAAGAGAAAAGAAAACUCAGUUUGUCAAGUCGGGGUUAAAUCUCAGACCUUUCUGCUGGAUUUAAACCCGCGAUGAUUUUAGGGUUCAGUGCUCUGACUAGACCAGUUCCAAGGUUUAGAUUCCAGUCUGAGUUUUCAGUAUGUACUGUAGCGUUGAUGCAGUCACACAGAUUUCUAUUAUUAAUACAGUUUCUGGUGGUUUUUCUUACCCAGAAAAAAAAAAACAGCCAUCAUGUAGACCGAUGACAGACAGGACACACACACACACACACACACACACACACACACACACACACACACACACACUGAGGCAGCCAACAACUCCCCAAUAAAAAGUCAAGUCCUCGGUGGGAGGACAGCAGCGUCCUUGAGUGUGAGAACUAGCUGUCAUAUUAGCACAACAAGUCACCUCUACCUGUCAGCCAGGUACACACACACACACACACACACACACACACACAGGAUGGCAGGCGUGUACCACAUAUCACCUUUACCUCUGUGCACACACUAACACAAAGACACACAGGCAGGGAACAAUGGAAAAACUCAUACCUCACCCUUCCUAUGGAUGGAUUACUGAACGGGCCUACCAGCUACAGACCCAGGGGCCCGGAGGGGUCAGGGGGCCCCUGGACCAGAGACUCUUGACUAACAUUUAACAUUUCUUGUUAGAGGGUCAAUCGGACAAACGUUUGUACGCGUCUCUUUGAGUCUGGGGGAAAGAGGGGUGGGGGCCUUUGUCUCAUAAUCCAUCCACGACCCUACGAACAGGUGGGCAAAUACUGUCACACCAAUGUACUGUAACACACAUUACGGGUGCAGGGAGUCGGUUUACAGCCAUUGUAACUUAGAAAACAGACUUUUUAAUACUGUAACACACAUUUAUACACACACACACACACACACACACACACACUCCCCCUCUAAGCAAAGUCACUCAUAAGCUGUUGGAUAGAAACAAACGUGAUGAACUUGGUUUCUAUUUAAAGCAAAAGUUCAACUUGUUGUGAAAUACUCUUCUUCUCUUGCUUGCUGAGUGUCUGAACGCUAAAUAUGAAGCUACAGCCAGCCGCUGGUUAGCUUAGCUUAGCUUAGCAUGAAGACUGGAAACAGGGAAAACUGUUAACCAGCUGUAGCUUCAUAUUUUUCCCCAAAAUAUUAAACUAUUCCUGAUUGAUAUUUGGUUGAAGCUGCUUUGAUACACCUGAACUUUCCACUGUGUAACUCAGAUAAAUAUUCGGAGACUUGCCGUACUUUUCUGCAACCUAAAGGGACAGUUCACGCUAACAGGAACCGUUUUGUCUGCGAUGGCUCUAACGUAUUAUGGGCUCGUGGAGAAACCUGGCCGUUAUCGCUGUCAUUGAAAUGAUUGGGAUCUUUGGGAAUGUGUAUCUGUAUAAACUUCAUUUCAUUGAGCCGGAAACUGAGCCCACAUCAGAUUUAACCUUCCUGACUGGCUUCACACUAAAGUGUCAGUUUCUAAUAUGUGAGUCUGAGGACAAACUUUCAAAUCUCGACUUGGAUUCAUUUAUUUCCUGCAUGUUCAGACGCUUCUGAUAACUAUGUGUUUGACUAUUGUUAGCAGUGUGAAGGCUCAAUCAAAUUAAAAAUAAAAUUACAAAUAAAAAGGAAAUUGGAUAUUGAGGUGAUGUUUCACGCAGCACGUAAAUCAUAAUAUCAAUUUCCUUUUUACUUUAAAAAGUGGAGUAUGGCCUGGUUUAUAGAUAUUCUGCCCAGAAUUCAAAUUAAAGAUACUAUUAUUUUAGUACGCAGAAAAAACAAAAUUACUUUCUAUCUUAGUUCAUUUUCUCUGUUACAUUUUUUCAUGUAUUUGUUGUGUAUUUGCAUGUUUUUUGUGGUUUUCCUUUUCAGUUACACGUUGAAUGACAACUACAAUAGAACAAUGGUUUGUUUUCUAUUUUAAUUUUAAUUCUGGGUAAAAUGAUCCUCCAUAAUAUUGCAGCUAGAGUAAAUGUAUUUGAAAUGUUGCAUUUUUUUUUCACACAGCUAAAAAGCACAUUAGGAUUAUUUCACUUCUUUGGAACAUUUCGCAGAUUGUUUUAAUUUCUCUCUCUGGUGUUUUUGAAAAUUAACUGCGAUUUGUUUCACAUUUGUUUCUGUGCAAGUUUUUAUUGUCCAAAAAAAGUAAAAAUAAUAAUAAUUUUGGCCCUCCAAAGCCCCAAAGAGCGAAGCUCCGGUGACAUAACGUUUCUGUGUAUCUGGUGUUACACUGACAGAUGAAUGAUGCACCUAAUAUUCGAGACCUACAGAGAAAAGUAAAAAGAUGUCAACUCAAAGGUUUUGUGAGAAAGUGUGAAAUUAAAGGGCUGUCUGACGGGGAAUGUGGAUGGACGUGGAGCAUGUUGUCAGAGGUCUCGGGGCCCUCGCUGAUGUCUGUGUGUUCCUCACUAUAUGAACUGAUAGCGGUACUUAUAUUCAAAGCAUGUAUUUGCGUGAACAGAGUGAUUAUUGUGCAGGUUUACAGAGCGCUUCGUGGUGCUGCUGAAGGGAUGUUAAAGGCUGCACUCAGCAGUUUUACACUGUUGUAUUUGUUGUUUCUGUUUACCCAUUUAUCUUAUUCUGGGCUGAGGGAGGGAAGAGGAGAUGCCGGGGAUGGACAGACUUAUUGCUUUCUAUUUCUCCUUUGUGAGUGAGAGUGCACAUAUAUUGACAAUGUAACUGCAUUAAAUUAUUUAUCCUAAACCGA